AUGAAGAUUGUGAUUCGAGACACUGCCACUGCCCAGCCUGAUCACUAUAAAAAGCGCUGGAUGAUGGUAGGUCUGCACGAACUCCAUACGCCCCAUCCUGAUAUGGCAUUCAUCGUCUCAAAUGAUCCUGCUUGGUGGCCAUUCCUCAGUGGUAUUCAUUUUGGUAGCUAUUUUCCAGUUGCAUCUUUCGCUGUGGUGGCGUACGAUUGGGCAUUAACAUUCGCACAGGAGUUCGAACUCAUCUGGAGGCGACGCUGGUCCUUCAUGACCGUUCUUUAUAUUUGUAUCCGCUACAUUGGAAUACUGUUUUCUCUCGCCUACGUACUAUUCAGCACCCCAGUCCCGAUGACAGAUAUAGUGGGCAACAUCAGUUAUUUCAUAUGGAUAUUCGCGCCUGUUGUCGCUAAUGCCAUCCUGGGCGCCAUCAUGAUGACUCGGAUACACGCCAUGUAUGGGCGAUCCAGCAAGAUGCUUAUCUUUCUUGCUGCACUCUUGCUGGUUUCCACAAUUUCCGCUGGAGUUGUGGCGAUAAUUGGAAACCUGGGUUAUUCAGGGGGGGAGGCCGUAUUGUCUGGUUACCAUGCCUGUCUUUACAGUCUUGACGCCAAUGGAUUAGAUCUGAGUUAUUUCAUGAUCAUACCCACCGCAAUAUGGGAGAUCCUCGCCUUUUUUCUUGCAGUCCGGAUUGCUAUAAAACGCCUCCGUGAACUGCGACAAUCGCAGAGUGGAUCUACCAUUGGAGACUAUUUCACGGUGCUAAUGCAAAGUCAUAUGUUGUACUUUCUAGCCUUUGUUGUCGCGGCUUGUUUUUAUCUUGGAAAACUGUCUCCAAAUAUCACGUACUCAACUGAUUUCGGAGGUGAUGUGUAUCAUGGCAUUAUCGGGAUUGCCCAGGAGUUCCAGAUGUGUAUACUGGGACCACGUCUGAUCCUCAGCGUUCGUGAAUAUAACGCCAAGCCCGUAGCCAGCUCCGACCCGGGAACACACAUGACGUCGAUUGCUUUCCAGGCUGGUGGAGGUGUGUCGACUGACGGAGUAGCAUUGGAAACCAUCUAAGUGAUCAACCCCGGAUAGUGGGCAGGGGACAUGUAUAUAUUUGAUUUGAGUUUUGUAGUGGUGUUUAAGGAUAGGUGAUUUGAAGGAUAUAUGUAGGAACUUCGUCCUCGUAUUUAUUUUGUGUUCUGGAGGAUAAAAUUAUGUCUGGGCAAUGUCAUGUUACAACUGGCGGAGAUGUGUAACACUGUAAGCCAUCCAAGUAAUCAACCCCGGGUACUGAGCACGGAGUGUGUAUAUAUUUGAUUUGAGUUUCGUGGUGGUAUUUAAGGAUAGGUGAUUUGGGGGAUAUGUGUAGGAGCUUCGUCC